CGCAUGUGCAGUGUAGGUCAUGUAGUGGGACAAAGACAGUGUUACUGAGUGUGGGAGAGGAAUGGCGCCGGCGGCUGAAGGAACAAGAACAGAAACCGCUGGAAAAGCUGAGCAGCCCUGGCUGCAUGUGUCAAGAGACUCCGAGGAAACGUUACGUGUCCAGUGAUUCUCUUUCAGAACAGAAACAGGUUUCGGAGAGGUCGCCAGGCCUGAGCGCCCGGGGAGAGGGGACAAUGCGGUCUCCUGUACAUUGGGGCGACUGGACGCCUCCUAGCAGAGCGCUUUAGGGAACAUCUCUGGGACACCCGCAGCAAUCAACCACACCGCCCUGUGGCCCAACAUUUCAACUCCGCCUCGCACUCUGCGAGGACAUGGUGGUCCUGGGCCUCCUUCGCCGCCGCUCCCUCACCACCAGAUGCCUGGAGGAAGAAUGCCUCAUAUUCCACCUCGGAACACUUCAACAAUUUCCUCAUUUCCCCUUCCCCCACCUCACCCCAGUUCCAAACUUCCAGCUUAGCACUGUCCCCAUGACCUGUCCUACCUACCUACCUAUCUUCUUUUCCAUCUAUCCACUCCACCACUCCUCUCUCUCCCCCCAUACCUAUCACCUUCCUCCCACCCCCACUCACCUAUUGUACUCUAUGCUAUUUUCUCCCCACCCCCACCCUACUCUCAUUUAUCUCUCCACCCUUCAGGAUCUCUGCCUGUAUUCCUGAUGAAGGGCUUUUGCCCAAAAUGUCGAAAUGUGAGGCAGCAAUGCUAACUACUGAGCCACCGUGUCGCCCCCUUAUAUCUCAACGGUCUUUCAACUUUAAACACAUUCAUCACAGUCUUCCCAGAGGAUCAGACUGUUCUCUCUCAUUAGAGAUUGCUGGUGGUGGUUUAUCUUGAAGGUCACCACACCUCAGCCGAGGGGAAAGGCCGAGAAGGAGAUCCUCACAUUUCUCCAACUUGGGUGAUACAUAAUGUGAAGCACCUUGGUAUACUUUUGUUGAAGUGUUAUCAUCCGUAUUAGCUGUUGCUGUUGCUGUCAUUUAUUGGCAAGACUCAUGUCAAGUGAAACAAUUUCAGCAAGAAAUUGUCAGCCAAUGCCAAAAAAGUGAUUGCCUUUGGUGAAAGAAAAUUGGCGAAGAAAAAGAAAUUAAAGUGUCGUGUACCUUUAGAGAGAAUGGAAGGGUUGAUGUUUCAAAAUAAAUGAAAACAACAUUUAUGGAGUGGAGCAACAAACUAAAUUAACAACGCAGGUUUUUUUCACAUUACUGCGCUACUGCAAAUGUAAUAAGGUGAAAGGGGAUAAUGGACAAAGCAAUGAAAACAAUGCUGACUCUAAUUCUGCAAAGUAUUUGAAGAUCUGAAGACUGAAGUUUAAAAAUCAACAGAUGAAGGGCCUAUGCCUGAAUCGUCGAUUCUCCUGCUGUUUGGAUGCUGCCUGACCUGCUGUGCUGUUCCAGCACCGCACUUUUCAACUCCUCUCCAGCCUCUGCAGUCCCCACUUUCACAUCAAUGUCUGACAGUCACUCAAUCCAUCGGGACCUCAACGAUUUUCAACUAUGAUUCUUUGAGAAGGAGCAAAACAUUUUGGUUCCUGUUUCAGACAAUUUUCAGCAUCAGCGGGACUGGAUGAGAGUCUCUACUGUUACAGCGCACUUUGUGUAAAGCCUGAAACAGUUAUACGGCCAGGAAAGAGGAAUUUACUGUGGACAGGGGCCAUACACGAGGCUGUAGCUGCAGCCAUGGUUAAACCAGAGGACUCCCACACCGUGGAGAAACCGUGGAAGUGUUGCGACUGCGGGAGAGGCUUCCAUGCCCCAUCUGUCCUGGAGAUUCAUCGGCGAAGUCACACCGGGGAGAGGCCAUUCUCCUGCCCCGAGUGCGGAAAAGGCUUUACCUGCUCCUCCCACCUGCUGGACCACCGCCGAGUCCACACUGGGGAGAAGCCAUUCUCCUGCCCUGAGUGUGGGAAGGGCUUCACCUACUCCUCCCACCUGCUGGCCCACCAGCGCGUCCACGCUGGGGAAAGGCCCUUCCCCUGCUCUGAGUGUGGGAAGGCCUUCAGCAAAUCCUCGGACCUGCUGAAGCACCAACGAGUCCACAGAGGGGAGAGGCCAUUCAGCUGCCCUGAGUGCGGGAAGGCCUUCAGUGAUUCCUCGAUUCUGCUGAGGCACCAGUGGGUCCACAUCGGGAAAAGGCCGUUCUCGUGCCCUGAGUGCAGGAAGGGCUUCACCCGCUCUUCUGCUCUGCUGACCCAUCUGCGGGUCCACACGGGUGAAAAGCCCUUUAGCUGCCCCGAGUGCAGGAUGGCCUUCAGCAGGUCUUCCCACCUGCUGAGGCAUCAGCGAGUCCACACUGGGGAGAGGCCGUACUCCUGCCUCCAGUGCGGAAAGUGCUUUACCCAGCCCUCCAACCUGCUGACCCACCAGCGGAUCCACACCCGCGAGAGACCGUUCUCCUGCUCCGAGUGCGGGAAGGGUUUUGCUGUUUCCUCUAACCUCGUGGCCCACCGGCGGGUCCACACGGGGGAGAGGCCAUUCAGCUGCCCCGAGUGCGGGAAGGCCUUCAGCAAUUCCUCUGCCCUGCUUAGGCACCAGCGCGUUCACACCGGAGAGAAGCCGUUCUCCUGCCCAGAGUGCGGGAAGGGGUUUACCCGCUCCUCCACACUGCUGACCCACCAGCGGGUCCACACAGGGGAGAGGCCAUUCAGCUGCCCCGAGUGCAGGAAGGCCUUCAGCGAUUCCUCCGCUCUGCUGAAGCACCAGCGAGUCCACACCGGGGAGAGGCCCUUCAGCUGCCCUGAGUGCGGAAAGAGGUUUACAUUUUCCCGCAACUUGCGGAAGCACCAGCGGGGGCACCAGCGCUCACAACAAUCAGAUUCCACCGCUGACACUGCCAUGAGUAACCCCCAGGACUGAUUCUCCUGACAGUGGGUGCAGUGGGAGAGUUGGUGCACUGUAUUUGUUUUCCGUUGGACUGCAACCCCACGGUGGCUCAGAGGUGGCAUGGUGACUGAGUGAUUAGCACUGUUGCCUCAUGGCACCAGGAACCAAGGAUCAAUUCCACCCUUGGGGCGACUGUCUGUGUGGAGUUUGUGGAGGGUAGGAGAAUGGAUGAGAUAAGAAACCGCUGCCUGCCUUGAGACAAGUCUCCCGGAGAGAACUUGCUGACUGAUUGAUUGUCUGAUCUCCUGAUCCUCACAGUGCCCUAUUGCCCUCAGUUAACUGGAGGAGGUCCACACAGAUGUACCGAAGCCCCUCUUUGGACUGUGGAAGGAAACCUGUGCAGACAGGGAAAGCAUGCAAACUCCACAUAGACAGUUACCGGAGGCUGGAAUUAAACUUGGGUCCCUUAUGCUGUGAGGUAGCAAUGCUAAGCAGUGUGCUACCCCAAUAUGUUAUAAAAUUUGAAUAAACCUACUAAGUUGGAAAUGUGUCCAUGCCAAGAACUUACUGUAAAUGUUUGGAAGCAAAAGUCCAUCGAAAUUGUCUUUGUGACGGAUCUAAAACUUACUUCAUUAAUGAUUGAAAAUACUUUGACCUCUGGAACUGUCUGCCAGAGAGUGUGUUGGAGUCAGAUUCAAUUACGGUAUUCAAAAUAGAGGUGGAUCAUUCAACUGAAAAGGAAAGCAAUUGUAGUGUUCAGUGAAGAAUAGUACAAGGUACUGUAGUGGAUGUCAGAAUGAAUUUUCUGAUUGGGGCUGUUCACUUGCUCCUGUUACCAUUUCAGGUUGCUGACUUUUCGUUAGCAUCCUGCACAUGUUGGGAUUUUUUUCUCCUUUCUAGGAUCUAUUUGAGUGACUCAGUGACAAAUCUAGUUUAUGAAUUGUUCCUAUGAUAUCUCAUGAGAGGGUUUAUGAUAUUCAGUGCUGUAUAAAUUGUUGUGGGUCACAAUGUGUCCAAGUGAGGAAAAACAAACUGUUCAUCUUAAAUAUUUGUUUUUAAACAAUGGAAAUAAACAAUGG